AUGGUAGGACAAGAUGGACGGAGCAAAAAGAUGAAGCCAAACAACUACACACAUCGGAAGAAUGCCUUACGAAUGAAAAAGGAAGAAAGACUGCAAUCAUGCAGAAUAUUUGGCAUCAUGUGGUAUGUGGCUUGGUUUGUUUUGGCGUUCGAAUCUCCAUCAGUUCACCCUACCAUAACAUAUGACGAACGCUCCUACAUUGAGCUUACCGCUGUUAAUAUGGAAGAGGUAUCUCAUGGUACUGUACCUUGGAAAUCGAUUCUGACCUCAGGUCCUGUUUGGGCCAUCAUCAUAGCUGCUUUUGCUUCCGAUUGGGGCUUAUAUGUGUUACUCAUUUGUGUUCCUCUUUUUCUGAUGGACAUCUUGCACUAUGAAGUUGCAGCGAUGGGAUUUGCAGCUGCCGCUCCGUUUGUUUUCAAAUCUUUAACUUGUCCCUUGGCGGGAGUCACCGCUGACCUGCUCAGACGGAAUAUUCUUUCUACCAAGACGGUGAGACGCGUGUUCUACACAACAGGUAUAUCAAGUUCACACUGGUUAAUUUUUAGCAGGCGGAUGAAUGUGAUUAAAGAAAAGAGAAAAAAAUGUUUGAGCAAAAGGAAAACGCAUAUAAAAGAAAAAAUGCUGGAAAAUCUUACUGCAGGUUUUUUCUUUAGUUCUCAGUACUUUGAUAAUUUUUAAAAGUGGGAAAUGGUAAGGUAUAAUCCCAGUGGUACCAGGCAAAAUGCUCGCUAAAUGGUCCUAAAGUAAGAAACCGUCAUAGCAGACCUGAAACGUCUUUUGAGUUACAUGGCGGAGGAUAUUAACAUUAGGUCUUUUCGUGAUAGUGUAAAUGGUUUUUAUUAUCCUGCGUCCUGUCCGUAUGCCUUUACUUCUUUGGUCAGAAGUUGAUCACCUUGAUGAACUCUAUGCAAAUAAAAUUGCU